AUGAGUCAAGCAACACUUCACACCGAACGCCUCGAGCUACGUCCUCUCGGGCCCGAUCACGGAGACCACAUCUACCAACUGGACGCAGACCCAGAAGUGAUGAAAUACAUCGGAUAUGGCAAACCACUCACAGCGGACGAGUCAACUAUUGUACACAAGCUUCUCCUCGAGACAGCUUCGUUCGGGUCCGGCCUUGGCUGCUGGGCAGCAUUUGCCGGGGACGACUUCGUAGGCUGGUGGGUGCUGGCACCGAGCCAGAGCAACGAUAACCCCCCACAAGUCAACAAGAAGCGAGUUGAGUUUGGUCUACGUAUCCUCCCCAAGUUCUGGGGCCAGGGCUUUGCAAAGGAGGGUUCUCGAGCGCUGGUGAAGCAUGGCCUUGAGGAUCUUCACCUGGAAGAGGUGUUUGGUGAGACUAUGGCUGUGAACGAGGGUUCAAGAGCUGUCAUGGCAAAUAUUGGUCUUAAGCAUGUACGGACAUUUCACAACAAGUACGAUAACCCCCCACCUGGUAUUGAGGAGGGCGAGGUGGAAUAUCGGGUUACGAGAGAGGAAUGGUUAUCUCAGCAAGUGUGCGCGGCAUAG